AUGGCGUUCAGCAGCAACAACUAUUUGUUUCUCUUUGCAGCGGAAAAAGGCGUUGUGUGCUCAUUGCCAAAUGGAGUCGGCGAAGCGGUUGAUAAAACUCCUCACAACAGGCUUCUUCAAGUCGUCUUAGUUCAUCCUCAGAUACCUGGUAAUACUGGAUGCAUAGCCAGAACUUGUGCUGCAUCAGCCGUUGGACUUCAUCUAGUUGGGCCAUUAGGGUUUCAAGUGGAUAGCACAAAGCUAAAACGUGCUGGAUUGGAUUAUUGGCCCUAUGUAGUUGUUAAGGUACACAAUUCGUGGGCAGACUUCAGAAAUUACUUCAUUCACCAGGAAGGAGAUAAACGUCUGCUGGCUUUCACUAAAAGAGGAACAUCAAUUCAUUCAGAUUUUACAUACAGAAGAGGAGAUUGGCUUGUAUUUGGAUCGGAAACAAGUGGGUUACCGGAGGAAGCGCUCGUGGAUUGCAAAGAUGAAGAAAUUGGGGGUGGUACGAUACGUUUACCAAUGGUGGAUACUUAUGUUAGAUGUCUCAAUUUAUCUGUGAGCGUGGGAAUUGGUUUAUAUGAAGCUGCCAGACAGAUUAACUACGAGCAACUUAGGACUUGUGAUCAAACUUCGAAUGAUGGUAAUGAUUCUUCUUCAUUCAUUGCUGAAGAUAUUUUCGCUUAAACUUAAUUAGUUAGUUAUUCUUAAGGGAAAUGAGAGCAUUAUUGAGUUAUAGAAUUUUGAAUAAUUUAUUAUUUAUCCCAAACAUUAGAGUGUUUUUAGUUAUUUUUUGAAAUCUUGAUAAGUUUAAUAUGUAUUUUGAUCAAUUCCAUAGUUAAAACCUAUCACAUGUUACAAGCAAAUCUCACUUAAACUUAUUGUUGUUGGUUGUUUUAGUUUGAA